CUUCUCCCUCCACCCGCCUCCUCGUCUUCCCUCUCUCUCCUUGGGCUCGCUCGGCUACCUCGCUUGUCACUCAACCUUUCCUCAGCUCUCACCAUCUUUCGGAGUAUCCCGGUCGCGUUCUUCCCGGUGCACCCCGCCACCCGCCGUCACCAUUCCCUCCCCGGAGAGCUCCGCGCUGGCUGCCCAGCCCCUUCCGCGGCUUAGCAUCGGGCGCAAGACCCUGGUGGCGGCCGCCGUGGGGGUCAUGCUGGUGCUGGUCCUGGUGGUGCUCAUCCCCGUGCUGGUCAGCUCCGUCGGAGGAGGCGAGGAAGGCGGCGGCAGGUUUGAGAUGCUGGGCACCUGCCGCAUGGUGUGCGACCCCUUCCCCACCGCGGUGGAGCCGGUCAACGCUGAGCAACAGGUGGACGAGCGGGCCGACCCGAGCGACACCAGCGUCGGGCCGCCGCUGCCCACUUUGCCUGCUCACGCCUUGCAGGGCAGACCCGGGCGACCGGGUCAGCCCGGUCCCCCGGGGCCCCCCGGAGAGCCGGGCCCGCCGGGACCCAAGGGACCUCCCGGGAUUCUGGGCUUGGGGGGUACGGGCUCGGUGAGCACGGCCACCUACAACACGGCGGCCCGAGUGGCUUUCUACGCGGGUCUCCGGAACCCGCAGGAAGGCUAUGACGUCCUGCGAUUCGACGAUGUGGUGACCAACAUCGGGGGGAACUUCGACGGCGCCACGGGCAAGUUCACGUGCAAGAUUCCCGGCACCUACUUCUUCAUAUACAACGUUCUGAUGAGGGGAGGAGACGGCACCAGCAUGUGGGCCGACUUGAUCAAGAAUGGUCUGGUCAGGGCGAGCGCCAUCGCUCAGGACCAGGACCAGAGCUACGACUACGCCAGCAAUAGCGUCAUCGUGCAUUUGGAUGCGGGUGACGAGGUGUGCAUCAAGUUGGACGGGGGCAAGGCGCACGGGGGCAACAGCAACAAGUACAGCACCUUCUCGGGCUUCAUCCUGUACGCGGACUGACGAGCGCCGCUCGCUGACUUGGGUCGAGCUAAGCUGACGCAGAAGCUGCGGGUCGGCGGUGAACCGUCUACCUCUUUAUCCACGUGUGGUUUCUUUGGGGAGGAAAUUUAUCAGUGUUAUGCAUUCUGCUCGUACAUUUCACGGUGAAUCUUGUCCACUCAAGUCGUCCCAAGUCAUCCCAGCGUAAAACCUUUUCAAACCGUGGUGAUUCUUUCACGUGAUGUGCAUCUUGCAUGCAAAAAAAAAUCCACCAAGAACAAAGAAAGAUGUUCAAACGUAUACAUGAACAGUUUUUCAUUAAAGAAAACGUUCAUCACGUCAGCA